AUGGAAUUCCGAAAAUUCGAUUUCACACGGUAUCCCGAAUAUGUCGCGAGUUUGAAAGAGUAUCGUUGGAAACCGCUUAUGAUAGCUGAGGCACUCAUUGAAUUCAAGGCCAUAUGGUAUAUGGACACUUCGAUACUGUUCAAAAAAGGGAACCUGAACCACGUCCAUCAACUUAUUACUUGCCGAAAUUACGUCACUGAAAGACCUCCGAUGAAAUCCUGGCCUGAGCAGGGAAUUGACGAGAGGAAACAAACGACUACUAGAGAACGGUUGGGAACGUUAAAACAGUUCGACGAAAAGCGGUGCCGACAUGGCAGGAAGCCGGCAUUUCUUAUGAACGGUUUCACUGGUCAUGGUAUCUACGUUGCCACAGCCCCAGAUGUCUACAAAUUCAUUCCAACGAACUACACAGAAAUCAAAAAGCACAAGGCAAAAAUGUACGAAUCGGGACUG